GACGGCAGGUUGGUCGGUCGGUGAGCGGAGAGACACAGACAAAAGUACCGGCGAUACGAAGAAACGGAAGACCUGAGGCAUUCGGUGUCUCUGUUGGCGGUGGCGUUGGCUUCUUCUCCUGUGGACUAAGCGGGAAGUUUUUUUUAUUCAACAGUCCAGGGGUCAGAUUGUCCACCAUGACGGGCAGCAGGGAGGAGGAGAGGAGGAAACUGGCCGACAUCAUCAACCACUGGAACGCCAACCGGCUCGACCUGUUCGAGAUCAGCCGGCCCACAGAGGAUUUGGAGUUCCAUGGCGUGAUGCGGUUCUACUUCCAGGACCGGGUCGCCGGUAACUUUGCCACCAAGUGCAUCCGAGUGUCGAGCACGGCGACAACGCAGGACGUCAUCGAGACGCUAGCGGAGAAGUUCAGACCCGACAUGAGGAUGCUCUCCUCGCCGAAGUACUCCCUGUAUGAGGUGCACGUCAGCGGCGAAGAGCGUCAGCUGGACCUGGACGAGAAGCCUCUUGUUGUUCAGCUGAACUGGAACAAAGACGACCGGGAAGGACGCUUCGUGCUGAAGAACGAGAACGACAUCCUGCUCAAGAAGAGCCAGAGUAAUGGUCCGGAGAAGGAGAAAGACGGAGUGAUCCAGAACUUCAAGAGGACUUUGUCUAAGAAAGAGAAGAAGAAGGAAAAGAAGAGGGAGAAGGAGUUCGCCCGGAUCCCCGAUGGAGACGAGCAGGCGCUCACCCGGGAGGACGGGGAAAACAACCGUCUGGCGGCAGAGGUUUACAAGGACAUGCCGGAGACCAGCUUCACCAGAACCAUCUCCAACCCCGAGGUGGUGAUGAAGAGGAGGCGCCAGCAGAAACUGGAGAAACGCAUGCAGGAGUUCAUGAGCAGCGAUGGGAGGCCAGACUCAGGAGGCACGCUGCGGAUAUACGCCGACAGUCUGAAGCCCAACAUCCCCUAUAAGACCAUCCUGCUCUCCACCAGAGACGCGGCAGACUUUGCUGUUGUGGAGGCGCUGGAGAAGUACGGGCUGGAAAAGGAGAACCCCAGAGAGUACUGCAUCGCCCGGCAAGACGAUAAGUCGGGCAAAGAAGUGAUUCUGGAGGAUAUGGAGUGUCCACUGCAGAUCUUCAGGGAUUGGCCCGCUGACAGAGGAGCGCUAGUGUUCCAGCUGAAGAAGAGACCCCCCGACUACCAGGGGAGGAAGGGGAGGAAAGUGGACGACAAAGGAGUGCUGAGGAGAGACGGCAGCAGCAGCUCCCUGCCGCCCGAGAAACUGCCUUACCUGGUGGAGCUGAGCCCAGAUGGGUCUGAUUCACGAGACAAACCAAAGCUGUACCGGCUCCAGCACAGCAUCACGGAGGUCGGCUCCGACUGCACGGACGACGGAGCCAUCCAGCUGCUGGGCCCGGGGAUCCUCCCUCACCACUGCAACCUGAUGCACAGCGAGGGCAUGGUGACGGUGACGCCGCACGGGCCCGACGCCGACACCUUCGUCGACGGGCAGCGAGUCACCGAGACCACGGUGCUGCGUUCAGGCUCCACCCUCCAGUUCGGCUCUGCGCACGUCUUUAAGUUCGUGGACCCGAUGUUCGACCAGGGGGGGAAGAGAGAGCCGGCCGCCAUGAUGAGGGGGAGACACAAGUCUGGCAGCGUACCAGAAACAACCUUCGACCUUCACGGAGACGUCCACAGUGGAGCUGCUCUGCCCACCAGCAAGAGCUCAGGGAAGCUGGAAAUGGAGCGAGGGAUGGUGAAGCCGAUGAUCCGAGGAGAGCAGCAGGACAACAGGUCUCAGGACUCUUCAGCCGACAGAACAGAGUUGACUCUUCCAGCCGGCAUUGAGUUCAGAGACAACUCUGAAGACACCUUCCUGUCGGCCAUCAUCAACUACACCAACAGCUCCACGGUUCACUUCAAACUGUCGCCCACCUACGUCCUGUACAUGGCCUGCCGCUACGUCCUGUCGCCCUCCUACCGGCCCGACAUGUCGCCCUCCGAGCGGACGCACAAGGUCAUCGCCAUCGUCAACAAGAUGGUGAGCAUGAUGGAGGGAGUCAUACAGGAGAUUCCUGAAGGGGAUCAGAAGCAGAAGAACAUCGCAGGAGCGCUGGCCUUCUGGAUGGCCAACGCCUCCGAGCUGCUCAACUUCAUCAAGCAGGACCGAGACCUGAGCCGCAUCACGCUGGACGCCCAGGACAUCCUCGCACACCUCGUCCAGAUGGCCUUCAAGUACCUGGUCCACUGUCUCCAGGCCGAUCUGAACAACUACAUGCCCGCCUUCCUGGACGACCCCGAGGAACAGAAUCCACAGAGACCCAAGAUCGAGGACGUGCUGCACACGUUGACGGGGGCGAUGUCGUUGCUGCGGCGAUGUCGGGUGAACGCCGCUCUGACCAUCCAGCUGUUCUCGCAGCUCUUCCACUUCAUCAACAUGUGGCUCUUCAACAAGCUGGUGACUGACACGGACUCGGGGCUGUGCUGCCACUACUGGGGGGCCAUCCUCCGGCAGCAGCUCAGCCACAUCGAGGCCUGGGCCGAGAAGCAGGGCCUGGAGCUCGCCGCCGACUGCCACCUCAGCAGAAUCGUGCAGGCCACCACCCUGCUGACGAUGGACAAGUACUCCAUGCAGGACGUGCAGAACAUCCACAACACCUGCUUCAAGCUCAACUCCCUGCAGCUGCACGCGCUCAUGAACAACUACCACUGCGCUCCGGACGAGCCUUACAUACCGCCCGAGCUGAUAGACCAUGUGGUGGCGGUGGCGGAGAACACAGCAGACGAGCUGGCGAGAAGUGACGGCAGGGAGGUUCAGCUGGAGGAGGACCCGGACCUGCAGCUGCCCUUCCUCCUGCCUGAGGACGGGUACUCCUGCGACGUGGUGCGCAGCCUCCCCAACGGCCUGCAGGACUUCCUGGAGCCGCUGCUGCAGAGAGGUUUCUGCAGGUUAGUGCCCCACCCCCGCUCUCCCGGCACGUGGACGGUCCACUUUGAAGGAGCCGACUGCGACAGCCACUUCUCUGCCGCUGACAGCUCUGAGAUGCCAAUGAGGAAGGACCCGGAGGUUGUCACGGUUACCCUGAAGAAGCACAACGGCAUGGGCCUCAGCAUCGUGGCUGCCAAGGGUGCUGGUCAGGAGAAGCUGGGCAUCUACAUCAAGUCUGUGGUGAAAGGAGGAGCAGCGGACGUGGACGGUCGUCUGGCUGCAGGUGACCAGCUGCUGAGCGUAGAUGGACGCAGCCUCGUCGGCCUAUCACAGGAGAGGGCGGCCGAGUUGAUGACGAGGACGGGUUCAGUAGUGACUCUGGAGGUGGCGAAGCAGGGAGCGAUUUACCACGGCCUGGCUACCCUCCUGAACCAGCCGAGCCCCAUGAUGCCCCGAGCUUCGGACCGAGGCCGUGACAAGAACGGAAAGCUGCGACCAAAGAGCGAGGGCUUCGAGCUGUACAACAACUCGGUGCAGAACGGCUCCCCGGAGAGUCCGCAGGCCGGCUGGGACUCGUACCCCGAACCAAAGAAGACCAACGAAGAUCGGCUGCUGAAGAACCGAGCCGACCACCGGUCCAGCCCGAACGUAGCCAACCAGAGCCAGAGUCCUGCAAACAAAGCGGUUUACCCCGGAGGACCCGGCACCAAGAUCACCUCCGUCUCCACCGGGAACCUGUGUGCAGACGACGAGCCCUCCCCUCCCCGUCCCGAGGCGUACCCCAUCCCCACCCAGACUUACCCCAGAGAGUACUUCACCAUCCCGGCCUCCAAGAGCACGGACCGGGUGGUGGUGGGUCCGGGGCAGGGACCCCCGCAGCACUGGCAGGGCGUGGAGGAGAGAGAGCGCCUCCCUGGGGUGGAGAACAUCCACAACAACAGCAUGCAGCGGAUCAACCACUCGCAGGAGGAUCUGUACCCCCCGCCGGGAGGCAUGAGACCGGACGAGCGCAUGCAGCCGCACUACCAGCAGGACUACCAGCCCCGGGACCUGGACUACCAGCUGGACUACCAGAGAGGUCCACCAGGAGGGGGUCCUGACCACUGGGCCCCUCAGCCUCAGGUCUCCUCCUCGUUGGAGUCCUCCACCUCCAGCCAGGAGCAUCUCAACUUCUCCGCCUCCUCUUCCUCCUCCAACAAGACCCUGAACCAGAAGACGGGGCCGGGCCGAUGGAAGACGCCCAACGCCCCGCACGCUGCGCCGCAACACCCGGCUCCGACGCCCUCCCGCUCCGACCUCCCGCCUCCUCCUCCUCCACCACCGGCGCCGUACCCCGACGCCUACGACCCCUACGAGCCCCAACAGGAGCUCCCGCUGCCCCCGCCUCCCACCGCCGUGAGCGCCGUUACCGCCCAGCAGGCCGCCGACCGGAAGAAGCGAGAGGAGCAGCAGCGCUGGUAUGAGAAGGAGAAGGCUCGGCUGGAGGAGGAGAGGGAGAGGAAGAGGAGAGAGCAGGAGAGGAAGCUGGGUCAGAUCCGGGCCAACCCCGUCAUGCCCGUCCAGCCUCACAACAACGGCGGCUCCAUGCCUCCUCCGCACCACCAGCCCCCACUGCCCUCCGUGACCCCGCCCAUGCCCUACCUGCCCCCUCAGCCUCAGCCUCCACCUUCCAGACCGGAGAAGCUUGCCAGCCUUCCGCGGUCGGCCGUCCCUCCCCCCGCCAGUGCCUCCCACCCUGCAGGCAUGGACACGGUGAUCAGGGAGCUCUUACCGCAGCAGCAGCCACGCACCAUCGAGAGGAGAGACCUGCAGUACAUCACCAUCAGCAAGGAGGAGCUCUCCAGCGACAGCCUCUCCCCCGACCCGUGGAAGAGGGACGCCCGGGAAAAGGCGGAGAAGCAGCAGCAGCUCCACAUCGUCGACCUGCUGGACAAAGAGAUCCAGGAGCUGCAGUCGAAGCCGGAGCGGACGGCGGAGGAGAGCGACCGCCUCAGGAAGCUGAUGCUGGAGUGGCAGUUCCAGAAGCGGCUGCAGGAGUCCAAGCACAGCGACGAAGACGAGGAGGAGGAGGACGACGAGGACGUGGACACCAUGAUGAUCAUGCAGAGGCUGGAGGCCGAGAAGAGAGCCAGGUUGCAGGACGAAGAGCGGCGGCGUAAGCAGCAGCUGGAGGAGAUCCGUAAGCGGGAGGCGGAGGAGCGAGCGAAGCAGGAGGAGGACCGGAGGUGGAGAGACGAGACCAAGCGAGAGGCCGGGGAAAAGAGGAGACAGGAGGAGGAGUACUACACCCGGCUGGAGGCGGAGCGGCGCCGGCAGCACGACGAGGCGGAGAGGAAGCUGCUUACGCCCGACGACCCGGCCGGUCUGUACCGGCCCCCGCUGCCACGGGACUACCAACCCCCCGCCCCCCAAAACCCUACUAACACCCCCCCGCCCCCCCCACAGAGAAACACCUCCUACCUCAAAACGCAGGUCGCCUCCCCCGACACGCUCUACACCGCCAAGUUCGUGUCCUACGCGGGCGACGAGGAGGACGAGGAGGAGGCAGGGAGCGGCGGCGGUGUGAACCAAUCAGGUCAGGUGAAGCUGUCGGCCACCAGGAAGUCGUACGGCGACCUCCCGGCCGCGCCCAAUCACAGCAAGCCUCAACCGCCGCCCACUGCGCGCAAGCCCCGCCCCGUUUCCGACGGCAUCUUCCUGUCUAGCUCGUUCCAGAUGCCGGUCAACAACUCCAACAGUACAGGCCCCCCCCUUCCUGCCAAACCCAGCUCCGUGCCCCCCGGGGGGUUUAAAGGAUAUAACUCGUACACUGGAAACUCAGCAGGAGUUGUAGGAUCAGGAGAAGUCUACAACGACCCGCGGGACAAAUGGACAAAGAGUCAGGAGCAGGAGAACUCGAUCCCCAGCGGCGCUCCGGAGAGUAUGACCUUCAAGGAGCGCCAGCGUCUCUUCUCUCAGGGGAAGGAGGUUUCCAACAAGGUCAAAGCUUCACGCAAACUCAUGGAGCUGGAGAACGAGCUCAACACCAAGUAAUAGCCCGAGCCCGACACCAAGUAAUAGCCCGAGCCUUUCCCCCCUGCCCCAGCGACACCGCCACCUCUCCCCCUGGUGAAGCGAAGGUGCUCCUGGGACGAAAAAACACGGCGCUUUCUUUGUGUUGUUCCCCCCGUUUUUAUUUUUAAUCAUUGAAUAACUGGACCGCUCACUUUUUUUGACGUAGCUAUAUCGUUGCAAUAGGAGAGACAUUUAUGGCUUAAAGAUUCUUCCUCCCCUCGUUAAGGUCUGUCAAAGAUAUAUAAUGAUAAAGCACUGUAAAAACGUUUCAAUUGUGAGAAUCGCUCGACAAAGGGGGAUAUAUUUUUGUUUAAGAAAUGGUUCUCGGGGGCGAAGGGGAUGCAGAACGGUUUAUUCUCUCACUGAACAAUUGUGUUAUUUUAAUGCUCUUUUUCUCACUUUUAAAUGCCCACGGCUGAGCUCCAGACCAACUUUUAUUUUCUUGUUUUAUAAAAGAUUAAAUUCUCAGUGAGUGGAAACACUGUUAUUUCAUUCCGUAGCGAAAAAAGCAUGGGAUUCUUUUUUUUGUGAUGUUUUAGAUGAUUCUCCAGAGGAGGAUCGUACCAGGAUCUUUUAAGUGCACAACAAUACUGUAAAUAUUUGGGUCCACAACUGUCUCACUCUUUUACUACUGUAGAAACCUGCCAUGCUACUAAAAAUCUGCAAAACACUAAUGUGAUUUAACAUUUUGGUGACGUAAAAAUCCAACAGGAAGUACCGCUAAAACUGGACUGUUUUGAGUUUAAUUUUUUUAAAUGUUUCGCCCCGAUCUGAGGUUAUUUUUUAAUCUAAAUAGUCUUUUUAUUUGCAGAGUUGUGUGAGAUGAAUUUGAUUGAUUGUACCUGAAAUUCAAGCCAGAUUUCUUUCAUUCACAAUGUGAUUUAAUGUUGGUUUUCACAAUGAAAAUAAAAAAAGGAAUUACUCUUUAA